AUGACAUCUGAUAAAGUAACAGAGGGUGAAAUAGUCACUCUGAUGUGUAACACCACCUGUUCCCUGCCCAACAACCCCACCUUCACCUGGUACAAGAAUGGCCAACCACUUCUGUCUAGCCACACAACCAGAGACAACACACUGCUGUUAAACCCAGUCAGCAGUGAGGACUCAGGCAGUUACUACUGUGCCGUUGGAGGACACGAUAAUCUCUCAUCCCCUGCUGUGAUUCUCAAUGUCAGAUACAAGCCAAAGAAUGCAGUGGUGUUCCUCAAUGUCUCUGGCGAAAUCAUUGAGGGCGCUUCAGUGACUCUGACCUGCAGCAGUGAUGCCAACCCACCUGUGCACAACUACACCUGGUACAUGAAGACUGGAGCUGACUCUCUCACUAGGGGCUCAGGAGAGAGCAUCAGCUUCAAUGUCACCUCUGAUACCAGUGGACUUUACUACUGCCAGGCACACAACGAGGUGGGCUCUCAAACAUCUGCUGACAUCGCUGUUCAGAAAGGUUACAAACAGAGUGGCUCUGGUCUCCUGUGCGGCAAUGUGGCAACAAGGGCCGUGACAUUUGACCUUCCACAGACGGCGUCCACACAGGACCAAGACGACGUUCAGUAUUCCAGCGUUCGGAUCAAACACUCCAAGCCCCAAACUACCCUACAGGAUGACUCCGUCACCUACGCCUCAGUGCAGUUCAACAGAGGAGGUGCUGCCACCAGUAAGAAGAAGGAAAGAAUGACUUCAGGUACAAGAGCCACACAUGCUGACUUGCAGACUGAGGCUGGUCUCCAUUAUGACAUUGUGGGAAUGAGGACCAUGACCCAAGGUCCCCAGCAAGCGUCCACACAUGGCCAAGAUGAUGUUCAAUACUCCAGAGUUCGGAUUAAACGCCCCAAACCCCAAACUAACCAGCAGGAUGACUCCAUCACCUACGCCUGAGUCCAGCUCCACAGAGGAGGCGCAGCCACCAAGUGGCUGAUAACACCACUUUUUUUGUACACAUUGUUUUAGUACACUGAAUGCUUUUUUUCGGAACUUCAGAUAAUGAACAUGCUCCUGGUACCUUUCCUCUGUUGUUUUCUUUAACUCUAUUUCAAAAAAUCUUCACCUGUUUGGUCUUGCAUGGCCAUUGACACUCUGUUACCCUAAGUGAAUGUACAGUUUAGGACGAUAUUAUUAGCCCCCCUCCUGAAAUUAGACAUCUCUCUUGAUUAAUCAUUGAGAAUGAUCAUCAUUAAUAAAUCUAUGUUAUUCUGGAAACUAAUACACCCUGGAG